AUGACCCAAGUGCUAGCUAAGCUGCAUGAGAGUAAUAAAACACCGCAAGUUGCUGCAGCAGAGCUACAAACUGCGCUGAGAGAAUUGCAUGUUUUACAGCAAGAAUUUGUCACUAAACAAACAAAGCAAAACUUACUAGAUCGUCUAGCACAAGUUGAAGCAUUGGAAGCUCUUCAGAAUACUGCGGCAUCUAGAAAAGCGAAGGCAGAAACUGGUUUUGAUCAAGAAAAAAAAGAAUUACAGACUGCAGUGCGUGAACGAGCAGAUAUGCUUCGUUUGCUGGAACGACUAGCAGAUGAAGUCGAGCAACAGAAGCAAAAGGUGCUUGACCAUGAAAGCACACGGGAGACGCACGAGAGUGAGGUAGCGCAGCUGAACGAAGUGUGGAAGGAACUUCAGAAAAAAAAUGCUCAUCGGAAAGCAGCAGUACAAGUAGCUACAGGCGUGAUGAUUACGGACGAAGAAGACUGUGCACGAGUUCUUGAUCAGCAGACUCAAAAUAUUCAGGAACUGCAUCAAAAACAAAAGCAGCUUGAGGAUGAAAAGAUCGAUAUAAGCAUUAAAGUAGCGCGAACGAAAAAGACGAUUGAAAAUUUGUCAAAAGAGAACGAUCUGAGAAGUAAAGAUGCGGAGGUGAAACAGCGAGAACAGGACUACAUGACGCUGCAGCAAAUGAAGCAGUGGUAUGAUCACGUGAGAAAUAUUAUGGAAUCUGUCUCUGGAUUUGAGAUUACCAAUGUCUCCGAUGAAUAUCUGGAUGUUCGAGUUUUAAAGUCCCAUUUAGUACGACUUUUUUGCGAUCCUGAAACCACAAGGUUGCAGCGUGUAGAGUUUUUUGCUUCUGAUGUAACAACCAUCGACCUGGUGGACGUGGCUGUACGCGAUAACAAUAUUCAGUAUUUGCUGUGCGAAUAUCGUGAAAGAGUGCGGGAGCAUCUAGCACUGUAA